AGCAACGGGAAGGUUGCGCUGCACAUGGCGGCAUGGCGAGGAAACGUGGAGGUCGUUCGACUGCUCCUGGAGCACCGCGCCCGCGUCGACGCCAUGACGAUACGAGGACAGACGGCUAUGCACUUUGCAGCCGGAAAGAAGCGAGACGAAGUCGUUUCGUUGCUGCUCGACCGGUCGGCGAAGAUGAAAGUGAAGACUGUGAAGGGUGAGACGCCCGUGGGACUAGCGAGU